AUGGCUGAAUCUUCAUUUGGAGCUGAAAGAUCAACCAUGAAUCUCUCGGAUGUCUUGCGUUUACAUCCUUCUGAUCAUCCUGGAAUGAUGCUUGUCUCUAAGCCAUUCAAUGGUGAAGGAUAUGGUUCUUGGAAAAGGGCAAUGGAAUUGGCUUUAACAUCAAGGAAGAAAUUAGGUCUUGUAACAUGUUCUUGCAAGAAACCAGAGAUGGAUUCUGAAGAGUAUGAAAAUUGGGAAGUUUGUAAUAGCAUUGUGAUUACCUGGAUCUUGAAUGGUUUGUCACCAGAAAUUUCUGACAGUGUGGUGUAUAUGAAGGUAGCUAGUGAUAUAUGGCUCGAAUUAGAAGAAAGAUUCGGGCAAUCGAAUGGGCCUCAAUUUUUUCAGAUACAAAAAGAGUUGAGUCAAAUCUCUCAAGGUUCUAGUUCUAUUUCAGCCUAUUAUACUAGAAUCAAGAAGCUCUGGGAUGAAAUUCAGUCUCUCAACAACAUUCCUCCAUGUUUAUGUACAUGUACAUGUGGCCAGAAGAAAGAACAACAAAAACUGGAGGAAAAACAGAAAUUGAUGCAAUUUUUAAUGGGUUUGAAUGAUAGUUAUCUACCUAUAAGAAGCCACAUUCUUCUAAUGAAGCCUUCACCUUCAGUCAGGGAAGUGUAUUCUUUGUUAAUCCAAGAAGAAAGGCAGAGGGAAAUUAGUUCUGGAAUACAGCUUGGUGUAGAUGCUCUCUCACUGCAUGCAGGCUCAUCAAACAAUUCAGUGAAAAAUGGAAAUGGUGUUGCAUCAUUCAGGAACAGAUCAGAUUACAAGAGAUUGGUUUGUGAAUAUUGUAAGAAAGUUGGUCAUACUAAAGACAAGUGCUUCAAACUACAUGGGUUCCCAAACACACGCAGAAAUGGCAAAGAAACUGGGAAGAAAUUUGCUGCUGUAAUGCAAGGAGAUAAUGAGGGAAAUACAAUUGCAUCUCAGGUUUCUCACAUUCCUGAAUUGACCACUGCACAAUUGACCAAAUUGAUGGAUUUCCUCAAUUACAAUUCAGCUCAGACACCAGGAAAUGGAAAUGCCAAUUUGGUAUCUGCUUCAGCAUCUAUGGCAGGUAUUCAUUCUGAACUCCUCUCAAAUUCAUUUAGCUCAAAUGUUCAAAGUAGUAAGCAAUCUUUUGUUCAAAAGACCUGGAUCAUAGACACAGGAGCCUUUGAUCAUAUGUGCUAUGAUAUAUCAAGUUUUCAUACCGUUUCUACUUUGCCUAAGCCUUACAAAAUCACACUUCCUACUGGGUCUGAGAUUUCAGUUUCACAUAUUGGAACUGUUAUACUUGCAGACAAUCUUAUCAUUGACCAAGGCCCUUCACUGAAGAGGCCACUGGUUCUUGGUAGAGCUUACAAAGGCUUAUUCCUACUUCAUACACCAAGUAAAGGAGAUAUAAUAGCUGAGAGUUCUUCCAUGUUGCCUCAUUCUGAUAUUAGGACAUUUACCUUUGCAAAAAAUAAGACUUCUUUCACUCUUGAAUUCUGCUGA